AUGGCAGAGUCUACACAGCAGUCGUCUUGGGUCUUUACCGACUACUUGCUGCCGCAGUCAUCGCUGCUGGUCCGUGCCAUAUCAUUCAUCAGCCUCCUCUUGGGCACCAUCUUCCUUCUGCCGCUCCUCUUCCUUGUCGGCUACGAUUUCUCGCUGUGGAUAUGGAGACAUUACCGGAGCCGCUUUUCCCACCGCGAUGCCGAUGGCACUACGGCGAACCCCGCCGAGCCCGCGCCCGCGGCUGGCACGAGUGCCUUUGAUCCGACGGCCCCGGAACCGAACAAGGCACGGAGACGAUAA